AUGUUGCCUGAAACUUUGAUUACCUCAUUGCUUUGUAGUCAUGAGACACAGACAACCUGUUGGGAUCAUCCUAAAAUGACUGAUCUCUUCCAGUCCUUAGCUGACCUGAACAACGUACGCUUCUCUGCGUACCGUACGGCCAUCAAAAUCCGAAGACUGCAGAAAGCACUAUGCUUGGACCUGUUGGACCUGAACACAACAAGUGAAGUUUUCAAACAGCACAAGUUGAGUCAAAAUGACCAUCUGAUUGGUGUACAGGAUGUGAUCAGCUGUCUCACUACCAUCUACAGUGGACUUGAAGAGAAACAUAAAGAUAUGGUGAAUGUUCCUCUCUGUGUAGACAUGUGUCUUAACUGGCUACUCAAUGUAUAUGAUAGUGGCCGAACUGGAAAAAUUCGAGUGCAGUCCCUGAAAAUUGGCUUGAUGUCUCUUUCUAAGGGCCUCCUGGAAGAGAAGUACAGAU